AUUUAUCCAGAUAAAACCUGUGGCAUAUUAUUUUUGUGUCAAUGUCAUCUCUACCCACGAUACAAUCUUGAUAACAGAGAGAGAGAGCACCCUCUUUCGUAUUAUAUCUCUCUUCAUACAUGCAUAUAUAACAAAAUUAAGCGUUACAUAAUAUUAUGAUAUAAAUUUGCUAAAUGUGCAAAAAAACUCGAGUAAACACGUCGCAUAAUCGCAAAAUACUCUUGAUGGAAUAUACGUAAUUGUGCAUUCCUGUUCUUAUUAACUCCGAAAAAUCUUUAAGAUUAAACUUCUACCAACAUGUCUAUAACUUUGACAAGUAGGAUUGUUCAUUUGGAAAGCCUUGUGAAAUUACAUGAAGAGCAACUGGAACAAUUUUCUACUGAGACUCAAAAAUGGAGUAGUAAGCUUAAUCUUAUAGCAGAAUGGAUUUCUACAAAAUUUGGUGUGGAUUUUUUAAAUCAAACAAAUCCGUCAUCCGCAAAUAUUCCUACCAAAACCAAUUCCGUUGUUUUACCUUUAGAAGAUGCCUUAAAAGUUAGAAAAAUAUGCAUGUACAGCAAAAACACGUUACAUCGGAGGUUUCGACAAAUCAAAGCAUCAAUUCGUAAAAGAGCGUGUUCCAGUUUAAGCCAAGAAUCAAAAAUAAGCAGUAAACAUUCUUACAUCCGUCGUCCUCGUGAAAGUCAUCAACCUUCAGCUACUUUCUCCGACAGUUUAAGUGAAGGCAGUAAUAGCAGCACUCCCGUUAUUAUUACUGACAAUAAUAGCUCUCAGGAUUCCGUACUUAAUCUCUCAAUUCCCAAACAAAUAGGUCGCCACACUUAUUCCAGACGUGAUCUCGAAAGCAAUGAAUCAAUUAGUGGAGUGAUUACUCACACCAACCUCACCUCUAAUAAAAAUUAUUCGCCUCAGGUGCAAAACGAAUCAAUACCCUCACACCAUGCAUUAUCCAGCACGACAAACAUAGACAAUAAUCAAACUCAAGGAAUUGAUGGAAACAUCAAAGAAACUUACCCACAGCGAAGGGGUCGUCCCAAGAAACACCCCGACCAGAAAAGUGAACCUCCCUUGAAGAACCGCACCACAGUUUGCGACCAGUGUGGCAAAGUCGUCAAGGGUUCCUCCCUCCGGAGUCACAAACUCAGCCACUCUAACGUCCGCCCUUUCCAGUGCUUCCUCUGCCCAAAAGCAUUCCGGAUGAAACACCACCUCGACUUUCACCGACGCACGCACGACGACGGAGAGAAAAAGUGGACAUGUCGAUUCUGCGAGAGAGGAUUCAUCGCCCAGAGAGAUUUACUCCGGCACGAAAGAACUCAUACGGGUGAAAGACCUUUCCCCUGCCCUUAUCAGGAUUGUCGGAAAAGUUUCAACGUUAAGCAGCAUCUCACCCUCCAUAUCCGCACCCACACUGGCGAGAGACCUUACCGUUGUACAACUUGUGAUAAGACCUUCACCCAAGCGAAUAGUCUACGAAUUCAUAAAAAAAUCCAUGCAAAGCAAGAAUCCGCAGAGUAGAAGGUUGCACGUUUUUCUCAUAACACAGUUUGUAAGAAAUAAUAAUGCAGUUGAACAUUAGUG